AUGGCCGCAAUUGUCGAAAACUCUUCCAAUUCCCUGGACCCCAAUCGCUCAGGCGGCGCUGCUGGUGACAUUCCUAACGAUGGUACAGGUGUCGUCAAGCUCGAUCCUUGGCUGGAGCCUUUCAGCGAAGCUUUAAAAAGACGCUAUUCCAAGACCCAAGAUUGGAUCAAGACCAUUAACGAUACCGAAGGUGGUCUUGAGAAGUUCAGCAGAGGUGCUGAGAAGUUCGGCUUCAAUGUCGAUUCUAACAACAACAUUGUGUACCGCGAGUGGGCGCCUAAUGCCACCGCCGCGUUCCUGAUCGGCGACUUUAACGGUUGGGAUCGUAGCGCUCAUCCCAUGAAGAAGAACGAUUAUGGUGUCUUCGAGCUCACUAUUCCUGCCCAGAAUGGCCAGGCCGCUAUUCCUCACAACUCGAAACUCAAGAUCUCUCUUGACUUGCCUAACGGCGAACAUAUCGAUCGACUCCCAGCUUGGAUCAAGUACGUGACACAGGACCUGUCCGUGUCUCCCGCAUACGAUGCCCGUUUCUGGAACCCUCCAACCUCCGAGACCUACAAGUUCAAGAACUCCAGACCUAAGAAGCCCUCAAGUGCCCGUGUAUACGAGGCGCACGUCGGUAUCUCCAGCCCAGAACAGCGGGUUGCGACUUACAAGGAGUUCACUAAGAACAUGCUCCCCCGAAUUAAGAACCUGGGAUAUAAUGUGAUUCAAUUGAUGGCUGUCAUGGAGCAUGCCUACUAUGCCAGUUUUGGAUACCAGAUCAACAACUUCUUCGCAGCUAGCAGUCGAUAUGGAACUCCUGAAGACCUCAAGGAGCUCAUUGAUACCGCUCACGGCCUUGGUAUCACCAUGCUGCUCGACGUAGUCCACAGCCACGCCUCCAAGAACGUGCUUGAUGGUAUCAACGAGUUUGACGGUACUGACCACCAAUACUUUCACGGUGGUGGCAAGGGCCGACAUGAUCAGUGGGACAGUCGUCUGUUCAACUACGGACACCAUGAGGUGAUAAGGUUCUUGUUGAGUAACCUGCGCUUCUGGAUGGACGAGUAUCAAUUUGAUGGAUUCCGAUUUGACGGAGUCACCAGCAUGCUUUACACUCACCACGGCAUGGGGACGGGUUUCUCUGGUGGUUACCAUGAGUACUUUGGCGCAGAUGUUGACGAGGAAGCUGUCGUUUACAUGAUGUUGGCGAAUGAAUUGCUGCACGAGCUUUACCCAGAAGUCAUUACCAUUGCUGAGGAUGUCUCUGGUAUGCCCGCACUUUGCUUACCUCUAUCACUUGGAGGUGUAGGCUUUGACUACCGACUUGCCAUGGCGAUUCCUGAUAUGUGGAUCAAGAUUCUGAAGGAGGUUCAGGAUGAUGAAUGGGAUAUUGGUAACAUCUGCCAUACUCUAACCAAUCGCAGACAUGGCGAGAAGACAAUCGCCUAUGCUGAGAGUCACGACCAAGCGCUUGUUGGUGACAAGACACUCAUGAUGCACCUUUGUGACGCGGAGAUGUAUACCAAUAUGUCAACACUUUCGCCUUUGACUGCUGUCAUUGAUCGCGGUAUGGCUCUACACAAGAUGAUCAGGCUGAUCACACAUGCUCUUGGAGGAGAGGGAUACCUUAACUUUGAGGGUAAUGAGUUUGGUCAUCCUGAGUGGCUCGACUUCCCUCGAGAAGGCAACAACAAUUCUUUCUGGUACGCUCGACGACAGCUCAACCUAACUGACGAUCCCCUCCUCCGAUAUAAGUUUCUCGAUCACUUUGACCGUUUGAUGAACCAGGCGGAAGCCAAGUUUGGCUGGCUGCAUGCGCCCCAGGCGUACAUCUCACUGAAGCACGAGGGCGACAAGGUUAUUGUCUUCGAGCGAGCUGGACUGGUCUUUGUCUUCAAUUUCCACCCAACCAACAGCUUCAGUGACUACCGUAUCGGAGUCGAUGUCGCAGGAACAUACCGCGCGAUUCUCAACACAGAUGGCAAGGAUGUCGGCGGUCACAGCCGUAUCGAUGAGAACACUAGGUUCUUCACCACCCCCAUGGAAUGGAAUGGCAGACAAAACUGGACUCACAUCUACAUUCCCUGCCGAACUGCUCUGGUUCUGGCGUUGGAGUCUACAAUCUCUCAGAACUCGUAA